AUGACAGAGUCUUCAGAGGGAUAUAGUCUCUCCAGUAGUAAGAAAGUUCUUCCUGAUAUUCCCUUGCAUCUCUUGCUCAAAAUUUUAGAUCUGUGUCCCUUGAUUCCGGAAAUGGCAAUCCGAGCACUGAAGCAGACUGGCAGCAGAAACAUAGAAGCUGCUCUAGACUUCAUAAGUAAGAUGGGCUAUCUGGACCCUAGGACUGAACGGAUCGUAAGAGUUAUUAAGCAAACAUCACCAGGAAAAAAUAUUGGAUCACAUCCUCUUGAUCGUAGGCCAAGUUUUGAAGGAUCAAAUGACUCUUUGUCUACCUAUCACCAGAUGGGCAAUCCAAUGUAUGAUUUAGCAGAUACUGGAGCUGCAAAUGCACCGAAUAUGAAUUUUUUAGUUGCUGCUGGACAAGCUAUUACAGUCAACACUCCAGGGCAAAGGUGCUCCCCCUUAGGACCUCACUCUGCAAUUGGUGGACAGAAUCCUCCAUCAAAUGCUAUGUUCCCAUCCACAACCUGUGAUAUUAAACAUCAACAAAUACCGUUUUCAGCCAAAGGAGAAACAGGCCAAUCUGUUCAAAUGAUAAAUUACACUCUUUCAAAUCACAGCGGCCAACCAAUUGCAUUGCAAAGCCCUCAAGUGUCAAGCAAUCCACAUUAUUUGAGGCAGCAUUUAAUGGCUCAAGGAGAAAAUAAUGUCCCCUUAGGUUAUGCUGUCCAAAGAAGUUCAUCUUUCCAAAACAAGUUGCAACAAGAAGGAAAUUAUGGAACCCUUCAUAAUAAAAGCCCUGUUACUCAAGGCAUUCCUGGCCAGACGUUCCAACAACCUCCAACAGUUUUAUACUUGCCUCAGUCCCAUCAUAGACAACAAAGUCCUACAUCUCCUCAAAUACAAAUGUUAUCAAGCCUAACUUCUUCAUUUGGAAAUGAGUUUUCAGAACUUGCUCCAAAUAUGAUCACACCCUCAAGAAAUAGCCUCAACAUGGACAUUUUUGAUAUUAAUCCUUCCCAGGUGCAACAUUGGCAAGUACCGUCUCUAUCAAGGAGGGAUUCCUUGCAGAACACUGGACUAGAAACAUUGCCAAGACCAGCUAGCCAUCUUAGGCCAGAUAGCCAAAUUCCAAACAGAACUAAUUCGUUCAACAAUCAAAUUCAAACUUCACCAUCUGUGAGACAAAUUCAAACCAGCAAAACAGAAUCAUCCCUAAACACUACCAACACUAUUACAGCAGUAACAUCAACCCCUAUUCUUCAACCUGUGAAGAGCAUUCGAGUUCCAAGACCUGAACCUCAAACUGCUGUAGCACCUUCACAUCCAGCAUGGUUGCAGAAUCAGGGUACAGACAGCAAUGAUACAAUGGAGCAAAAAUCCUUGGCACGAGCUGGAGCAGCAGCCUAUGUCCUUGAACCUGAUGAUUACAGUAUGAAAGAGAUUAGAUGUCUUCCACCACCAUAUCCAAAACAUUUAUUACUUCAGAACAAUGCAGAGCAAUUUGAUGCUAACUCUGUGUCCAUGGAUGUGGAGCAGUGUAUCAGUGGUGUUCACAGUUUGACAUGCAAUAAAACUGAGGACAGCAACAAUGAGAAAAGUGAGAAAUGUAGCAAGCCUAAUAAACCAGAGAAGACAGGAAAGGACAAAAAACGUAUUCAAACAUCCCCUGUGCCGUUUCGCAAAAAUAAGGGUGAAGAGAAAAGGGAAUCGCGAAUUAAGAGUUACUCCCCUUUUGCUUUUAAAUUUUUCAUGGAACAACAUGUAGAAAAUAUCAUGAAAACAUAUCAGCAAAAAUUGAACAGAAGGCUACAGUUGGAGCAAGAGAUGUCAAAGGCAGGACUAUCCGAGGCAGAACAGGAGCAGAUGAGGAAAAUGCUUAAUCAGAAAGAGUCUAAUUACAACAGACUGAAAAGAGCAAAAAUGGAUAAGUCACUCUUUGUAAAAGUUAAGACACUGGGAGUUGGUGCCUUUGGGGAGGUCUGCCUAGCUCAAAAGGUGGAUACCAAUGCUCUGUAUGCAAUGAAAACCCUACGGAAAAAGGAUGUGCUCAGUCGUAAUCAAGUGGCCCAUGUGAAAGCAGAGAGAGAUAUUCUGGCUGAAGCUGACAAUGAAUGGGUGGUCAAGCUCUACUAUUCUUUUCAAGAUAAGGAAAAUUUAUAUUUCGUGAUGGACUACAUCCCAGGUGGAGAUAUGAUGAGUCUCUUGAUACGAAUGGGAGUUUUUCCUGAGUCACUGGCAAGGUUCUAUAUUGCAGAAUUGACUUUAGCUAUUGAGAGCGUUCACAAAAUGGGAUUUAUUCACAGGGAUAUUAAACCCGACAACAUCCUUAUUGAUCUUGAUGGACACAUUAAGCUCACAGACUUCGGUCUUUGUACUGGAUUUAGGUGGACUCAUGAUUCCAAAUACUAUCAGAAAGGGAGUCAUAUGAGACAGGACAGCAUGGAACCAAGUGAUCUCUGGGGAGAUUUGUCUGACUGUAAGUGUGGUGACAGAUUAAAGACCCUCGAACAGAGGGCUGCCCGACAACACCAAAGAUGUCUAGCCCACUCAUUGGUUGGAACUCCAAACUACAUAGCUCCUGAGGUUCUGUUACGAAAAGGAUACACUCAACUUUGUGACUGGUGGAGUGUGGGAGUUAUACUGUUUGAAAUGUUAGUAGGGCAGCCUCCUUUUCUUGCUCCAACACCUGCAGAAACUCAAAUUAAGGUGAUAAAUUGGGAGAGCACACUCUACAUUCCUCCACAAGUAAAGCUUAGUUCUGAGGCAACAGAUCUCAUCAUAAAGCUCUGUUGCGGAGCCAGUGACAGAUUGGGUGGAAAUGGAACAGAUGAAAUUAAGGGUCAUCCUUUUUUUAUUUCUAUUGAUUUUUCUGAAGACAUCCGCAGACAACCAGCACCUUAUGUCCCAAAGAUAAGCCAUCCCAUGGACACUUCCAACUUUGACCCAAUAGAAGAAGAGAACUCAUGGAAUGACAGCAGUAAUAGCACCAAAACAUCUGACACACUAACUAGUCAUGUUAGUGGCAAUAAACAUCCAGAACAUGCAUUUUAUGAGUUCACCUUCCGAAGAUUCUUUGAUGACAAUGGUUAUCCAUUUCGGUAUCCAAAACCCUUGGACAAUGGUGAGCCCAAAGAGAAUCAGACAGAGAUGAGUCAGAGGAAUUCUGUUGACCAUGGUGAAAGCUAUCAGCCUGUAUAUGUUUAAAAUUUAUAUAUAACAUGUAAAAUUUUUCUGUUACGCCAUUUGAAACAGUGCAACACAGUAUAGAAAUGAAGAUUGAUUGUUGAAAACAGGAAGCACUUACUUUGUGGUAUAUUGUGCCCUCUAGGAACGAUUAUUGAGUCCCUGCUGCUGAAUGUGUUCUUUGAAAAAUGUGCGAUAUUUAACAUCAACAUUAAUCUUAAAGCAGAGAGUACAGCUCUAUAUAAAUAAUAAAUGACAACAAACUUUGAAUACAUCUGGAACAUAUAGACAGGAUUGCGAAUAUAUGGAGAAAACUGUAAGAGGUUUUCUGGCUACGUGCAAUAAUAUGUAAAUCAUUAUGUUUUUAUAUAUAGUGCAAUUGGUAACUAAGACAAUAAAAGUACAAUUAUCUUAUAAA